CUUCGAUCGAGAAGGACCUCGCCACAAUCUGCCUUCACGUCCAAGCUAAAGGUCUAGCUCCUACGCCUCUAACAAUUUUAUAAAGAUGGUCAGUGAAAAGUCUUCAGUGGCGGUGGUAGUGCUCGUGGUGUCCUUGGCGGGCCUCGCCCUUGCCUCCGAGACCAGACAUUACGCCCCAAACACAGGCGUCCUUGGCGUGGGCGGCAUCCAAGGUGCUGGGCUUGUGGGUGGCGUAGGACACAGCCUCAGUGCUGGAUUAGGACACGGCAUAGAUGCUGGAUUGGGCCUCGGACACGGCCUGGAUUCCGCUGUGGGAGUGGGACACGGCGUGGCAUCUGGCUUCGGAGCGGGACUGAGCGUGGGCGCCGGCGUGGGUGCCGGCGUGGGCGCAGGAUACGGCAACUGCAAGAACUGGUGCAAGGCCCCCACAGGCAAGUACGAGUGCUGCGACGACCUCAAGCCCGGCCACUGCCCUCCCGUCCGCCCCACUUGCCCCUCCGUCAGGAGCGUCCUUCCUCCCACGCCGUGCACUAACGACGCCUACUGCCCCGGCGCCGACAAGUGCUGCUACGACACCUGCCUCGAGUACCGCACCUGCAAGCCCAUCAGCGCCUUCUACUGAGACAACACACUCUAGUCACCGGAGCUGCAACGCUGCAGGUCCUGAUGCUUUCAUCACUCAGGUAUCAUCUAUAUCUCGAAAAAAAUAUUUUAUUUGCAUAAAUGGAGUUACAUGGCCAAGUGCCAUAGAUAUGUGUGAUAUAAAAUAAAGUUGUUAAA